AUGGGAGCAGCAACGUGCGAGGGGUCAGACACAAAGGUCGGACUCAGAGGUCAGACUCAGAGGUCAGACUCAGAGGUCGGACUCAGAGGUCAGACUCAGAGGUCGGACUCAGAGGUCGGACUCAGAGGUCAGACUCAGCGGUCGGACUCAGAGAAUGACAUUUUUGUUGUGAACGUCGCGAGUGCUGCACUGGAGGGCGAAGACAACACGCCGUCCUCAUUCAGAGAAACUAUUCCACGUCUGCAGAGCUGA